CUCUCCUACCCUCCUCACUAUGCUCCGUCUAUCCACCCGUUAUCUAAUAUCUCGACACCCCAUACGUCCAUUUCACACCUCAUACCCCACCACAAUCAAAAUCCGUCAUUCCUCACCUUCCGACCCUCCUUCUCCUGCUGAAAAACCUCCAAAUGUCCCGGAAGACAUUAUUCCCUCUCCACCCUUCGAACCUGAAGUUUACUCUCCUUCAUCUACACCAACCUCCUUCUCCUCAUCCUCCUCUACUUCAGGAGAGACUACAUCCUCCGAUCCUCCCUCAAAUGCGACAGAGAUCCCAUUGGAACCUCCUACAACUCCGGAUUUGUCCAAAUUGCCUUCAUUAGACAUCGACCCCGAGGCUGCUUUACCAGAACCAUCACAGGAUAAAGAUGAAACGAGUCAGAGGACUAGAGCGGGGAAGAAAGAAUAUGUUUCGAGUAUCGAUCGUCAACGUAGAAUGUGGGUGAGGAUAGGGAUGACUAGUCUUGUCAUUGGAGGUUUGGGAGCUGCUUGGUAUAUAGAUCAAAAGGAUGGUGAGACGACCAAUACUACUCAUUGGACCAGAUUCAAAACAAACCUCUCCGAGAUGUUAGACGUUUUCAAUAAACCAGCAUUCAAAACACUUCUCCCAGAUCCUCUUCCAGCACCACAUCAAAGACCUUACACUUUGAUCGUUGAUCUAGAGGGACUUUUAGUUUCUUCUACUUGGGAUAGGGUGCAUGGAUGGAGAACAGCCAAAAGACCUGGAGUGGAUUACUUUUUAGGAUAUUUGAGUCAAUUUUAUGAAAUUGUUUUGUUCACUUCUCAACCUCUUUACACUGCCGCACCCGUAGCAGAGAAACUUGACCCUUUUACUAGUUACUUACCUUACAAAUUGUUCAGAGAGUCGACUCGUUAUGUCGAUGGUAAAGUUGUCAAGGAUUUAUCAUACCUCAAUCGAGAUCUAUCCAAGGUAAUCGUGUUAGACACCAACUCUGAGCAUACUGCUUUACAACCUGACAACGCUAUAAUAGUCAAGCCGUGGACUGGGGAGAGAGGAGAUCAUGGAUUGGUUGAUAUGAUACCAUUUCUUGAAUCCAUCGCAAUGUACAACACCCCCGAUGUUCGACCAGUUCUGAAAGCGUACGAAGGAAAAGAUAUUCCUAUAGAGUAUGCCAAGAAAGAAGCAGAGACAAAGAGACUAGCUUUGGAACAAUGGGAAAGGACACAUCCGAAAUCUAUAGCUGGUGCAGGAUCUGGAUGGGUUACUUCGUUAUUUGGAAGUGUCGCUUCUCAAUCCGGUCAAAGACGUUCAGAUCAACCUUUGACAUAUCUUGAGCAAAAACGUGCCGAAGCGCAAAAACAAUAUCAAUUAGAGAAGAAAUAUUAUCAAGAUAAUGCUGAAGAGUUCGCUCGGAUGAUAGAAGAAGAUAAACAACGUCAAUUGGCAGAGAUGAAAGGAAGUAUUUGGGGGUUCCUUACUGGUGGUGCUGCGACUGGUGGGACGACGGAUAAGAAGUGAUCUUUGUUUUAUAGGACAUGCAACAUCUCU